AUGGCAACUGCAGUUGGCAUUAUAAACAAAAAUGUUAAAACCAAAGUUGCGGUUAAAACGUUAAAAAAUCAUCUUAAAAAAGAAGAUGUAUUGGAUUUAAAGUCGGAAAUCGAUUUCAUGAAAAAAAUGGGGCAUCAUAAUAAUAUCACUACUAUAUUGGGAAGUUACGAACUAGGCGGAUCACCGUAUGCGAUUAUAGAAUUCGCUUCCAAAGGAAACAUUUUGAAUUUUUUGAAUUCAAUGAACCCACGAGCUUCUAUUAAGGAUUUACUAUCUUACGCCAAUCAAGUGGCACAAGGGAUGGAGUAUUUGCACGACAAAAAUCUUAUCCAUAGAGACUUGGCAGGGAGGAACAUUUUAGUAUACGAAGAAAAUAAUAAGUUUAUUAUUAAAAUUGCGGACUUUGGCCUAGCAAGGGAUAUUGGAAAGUAUGGUUACUAUAAAGAAAAUCGGUUUAGUUUAAAUCCACUUGGGUUGGCGCCUGAAUCAGUUAAAGGCGGUAUAUUCACAUUCAAAACCGACGUUUGGUCUUUUGGAUUGCUUCUAUGGGAGUUGUUCACAUAUGGAAAGAUACCUGAUUAUAUUCCUCUCAGCCAAUUAUUGGCAGGAAAGCGAUUGGACCAACCACCUGCCUGUUCUGCCAUAAUUUACAUGAUUAUGUUAAGAUGUUGGGAUAUUAUCCCGGAAAAUAGACCGACAUUCCAAGAACUGGUGAAGUGGAUCGAACAGAUAAUGUCGUCCAGCCUAGAAUAUUUGAAACUAGGUAUGGGCGGUAUGGCGAACACGAUGUCCUACAUCCGAGAGUAG